AUGAAUCUUAAGUCGAUUAUUUUAACUUUAAUUCUCGGUCUUCAAUUAAAUUUCGCAAGAUCUGAGUCAGGGAAAAUUGUCGGAGGCGAAAUCAUGGAUAUAACCAAUGUUCCAUACUUUGUAUCUUUGGAACAUUUUACUAGACGUUUUAUCUGUGGUGGAUCUAUUAUAAGCAAUUUUUGGGUACUUUCUGCAGCUCAGUGUAAGGUUGAUGUAGAAGAAACAGAUAUGCGUGUUCGGUCAGGAUCGUCUCGUCGUUUAUCAGGUGGUCAGGUUCAUAAAGUGCUUAAAGCAUUCAUUCAUCCAAAUUACACUGACCUCGAAAAUCCUUCAACUGAAUACAACUUUUUAAUGCUCAAACUUGUUAAUCCAAUAAUCUUUGAUGACAAGCGUCAAGCUAUCGUACUAGCUGUUAAUCCCAGCAUGUAUAAGCAAAGCGGAAGUGCAUUAGCUUUAGGAUUUGGAAAAACGGAAAACCCUACGCAAUCUAGUGAAAUCUUAAGAGGAGUUGUGCUGGAAUUGAUUAAUGAUUAUUGUAAUGACGGUUCUUCAAUUCUCAAUAAGGUCUGCGUCAAGUCUCCUUUAAAAGGUGUAUGUGCAGGUGAUAUUGGAGGUCCCCUAGAGAGUAUUCAAUUCGGCACAUUGCUUGGUGUUGUUACCCAUAAUGAUCAUUUAUGUGGACAUGCUGUUUAUGCAGAAUAUUUUGGAAGCAUUUUCUUAGUGAAUAAAUGGAUUUAUCAAACAAUGGACAAUAAUCAAGAUUAA